UUGUUUAGACAACUUAAAAGUCUUACAUGUCUAUAGAUAGAUAGAUAGAUAGCGCCGUUCGAGAAAAAAAAAACCUAUGAUAUGAUGAGCACGGCUCCUUUCCCGAAAAAGAAGCGAGCCCACCACCACGGUCACUGACGUUCACAAAAAAAAUCGCACACAAAAUUCCUAGACCACGUUUUUUUUAGUCGCACAAAUCCUACAAACCAAACAGCAAGAGCGGAAGAAGAAACGAAAAAGGUUCACUGGAAUCGACCAAGAAAUCCGCCUUGCCAUCUCCGUUUCGUAUAUGCCCUGAGAAUUUCCAAACGAAAUUUCCGAGCUUUUCCCUCGCCGCGCGACCUUCGAUCUCGCUUGAAAGAGAUGGCCCAGAUCACGGGACCGGUGUGAGGACUGAGACGCCGACCUCCGACCUCACCGAGGCAUUCGAUUCGUCGCAAUCCUCGCCCUCACUCGCGUGUUCAGGUUUGUCGGGCUGCCCCGGGAUAGGAAUGCUUCUGUCGACAUGCUAAGCCGCGGAGCCGUGCGGUUGCUGUUGUAUCGUCUCCGGCCUCCGCCUCUGCGUUUGAGUUGGAAUCCGAGCGGUGCUAUGCCAUCCGCCGCCGCCAACCGCUCCUGCCUCUGCAGGUUCGCCUACUCGACCGCGCGCGUCGAGAGGGGCAGGACCCUGCCGGGCAAGGCGGUAUUUCUUGAUCUGGGAGCCGGGAGGAGGUUCACGCCGAGCGGCGCGCUUAGCUUGAGGGGUUGCUUGGGUUGGCGGGAUGGUGGCGGCGACGGCGAGUUCAGGAGGAGGGUGGACGGAGAGGCGGCGGGGAUGAAGGCGCAGGUGCUCACCACGCAGCGGCAGCUGAUGCGCGAUCCGGAGGUGCUGCCGCUCGAGGAGGCCGCCACAGGCAAGAGCAUGAACGUGAAUGGUGCCUGUCGGCGAGGGAAGCGGCUAGGGUUUCCGGAGCAGGCAGCGGCUAAGAUGGUGGUUGCUGUUGAUGUAGAUGAAGUUCUUGGUAGCUUCCUUGCGGCUCUGAACAAAUUUAUUGCUGAUCGUUAUUCUUGGAAUCACUCAGUAUCAGAAUAUCAUGUAUACGAGUUCUUUAAGAUAUGGAACUGUUCUCGAGAAAGAGCUAAUUUUCUUGUCCACGAGUUCUUCACAACCCAUUACUUCCAAGAUGGCAUUCAUCCUAUUCCGGGGGCUCGAGAUGCUCUCCAAACUCUUUCUUCUUUCUGUAGCUUGUCUGUAGUAACAUCUCGGCAGGAUGUAAUUAAGAAUCACACAUUGGAAUGGAUUGAGAAGUAUUAUCCAGGCUUAUUUGAGCAGAUCCAUUUCGGGAAUCAUUUCGCUUUGGAAGGUCAAUCAAGGCCAAAAUCAGAGAUUUGCAGGUCUUUCGGCGCUCAGGUUCUAAUUGAUGACAACCCCAGAUAUGCUCUAGAGUGUGCUAAUGAUGGCAUGAGGGUCCUUCUGUUCGAUUACGAAAGCUCGUAUCCUUGGUGCAAAACUGGAGCCGAUGAACUGCAUCCGCUGGUGACAAAGGUUCACAACUGGGAAGAAGUCGAGGAGAAACUUCUCUCUUGGGUAGUACCUGAUAGCUGACACUCUUCUGUCUUGUGAGAAGCACUGCUUGAGACCAGCAAAUGAUUCCUUUUGCCUGGUUUCUAAAGGAACCUGAUAGGGUGAAAGACUGCAAUGUUCCUAGAGCUUGAUUUUCAAUACAGAUGUCGAUAGCCUCUCCAAGAGUCAUUCUAAAACCCACUCUAAAUCAUCAUCCGAAGAGUCAUUUGCAUAAAUUUGACUCCAACUCCAACAGUUUUUCUAUAUCCUGGGAUAUUUUUCAUUAAACUCUCUAUUCACAAUAAUUAGUUAGGAUAUGGAGAGUCUUGGGGAUGUUGUCAACGUAAGCUAGGAUAUUCAGCUUCAUUACCGCAGCCUGGUUGAGGCAUAUUCGACUGUACUUGGUCAGUCUGAGCUGUAGGCGCUUCUGCUCUCACACAUCAGAAUCUUGUUUUAUCCUUUUGCCGCAGCCGGGUGUACUAUGUAUAUAUCGACGCUGCCAUAUGGCUAAGAUGGUAUUUGAAUUGUUCUAAUACAGAAAACUCGUGUGUGUGUGGGUCCUUGGACCAACUGAUUUGGAGCAUUUUCA